AAUCUGAAUAAAAAGUAAGUUUUUAUUUGCAUAACUUAAAUUUUUGAAAUUCAGUCAUCUAUUCGUUUUAGAAAAAUUGUAAUACAAAGACCUUAGGUAAGAUUGUAUAUCUAACUAUUGGUGACAAUUAGCAUCACUAGUACCACGUAGGGAAAUUUUUAAAGUGUGAAUGUUUGGCGGUGCCUGGCUGGCUCAGUUAGUAGAGAAUGGGACUGUAGAUCUUGGUAGUGAGUUCAAGCCCCAUACUGGGCAUAGAGUCUACUUAAAAAAAAAAAAGAAUAAAAUGUGAGUGUAUGAUGUUAUUUAAUCUGCCAGUGUAAGUCUCAUUUUGGAGUAAUGGCUACAAUGUGAUAAACACUAAAGAUGGCUAAAUGCUAAGAUAGCCAUUCAAAUUUAUGUAUAUUUCUAUAUACCAUAAUAGUUAAUACAUUUUUCUAUGUGUAUAAACUUUGCAAAAGUGUCAAUAAAUUAAACUCCAGUUUGUAAGCUUCAUGUAAGCAUAUGAUAGUAUUUUUUUAAUAAUACCAAGCCAAUUAUAAAUGCAUAAUAAAUAUUUGAUGAAUGUUAUCAACAUUCCAACAGUGAAUUUUAAAAAUUAAUUUCAGGGAAUACAGAAAAAUGCUAAUAUUCUCUCUACAAUGUGGUACCUUUGUCAAUAAGUGAAAUUAAAUAUCAUUCUUUUACUUUCUUUCUAAACAGAAACCACCCUCCACACACCCUAAACUCUAUUAUGGAAUAUAAAAUGUUGAGAGUAUAUUUUAUCUCCUUGUCUUUGUCUACCAAUUUUAAAGUUCAAAUGUAUAUUUUUAAAGAUUUUAUUUAUUUAUUUGACAGGGAGAGAGAGCACAAGCAGGGGGAGAGGCAGGGAGAGGGAGAAACAACCAGAGGGAGAGGGAGAAGCAGGCUAUAGGUUUCGAUCCCAGGACCCUGGGAUUAGGACAUAGGCUGAAGGCAGUCACUUAACUGACCGAGCCACCCAGGUGCUCCUUAAAAUAUAUUAUUUAAUAAAAUCCAAAUUAUAUUUUUCAAACUCUUCCUCCUAGUUUUCUCAUGUGUGGUAUCUGCCAAGAACUAAGUAUGUAUUAAUGGCAGGUUAUUAGGUAAUGUCAUAAAUAAAGUGCUGUGAAAGUAUCAUUUAUCUUAUUGAUCAUAAAAUAAUUUACUUUCACAGUUUAGGCCAUAUUUUCUUGUGUCUUAUUUGUCGUAUUUUAAGAAAAAUUUCUCUUUUCAACUCUCCAUCAAAGUCAGGUAAUUUAUACUAAACUGAUAGCUGAAUGAAUAUUUUAUUUUUAUCCUUAAUUAAAAUGGAACUAGCCUUAACUAAAUUAUAUUUCACUGAGGUUUGUGUCCAAAUAAGUGAAUUGUCAUAGAUGAUUACCAUUUGGUACAAUGAGUAUAGGGAACACUUACUGUUUUGUGUUCUUAGAUACUUAUCUCCUCCUCCUUGGAAAAGCAUUCUUCUUUCUGGGAAACUACUUUUCCUGCUAGUGUCACUGCAACCACUUGACUUUAGUUGGUGCUGUGGUGUUUUUCAAAAUACCCAUUUCCAUAGUCCCAGGGGAUGUACACUGGGAUGGGCCACUGUCCAAUGUGGACAGGUCAAAACCCCUCCCAAGAAAGUAUAUCUUUGACUCCACUGAAUUUUUUAACCUUCUACAUGUUUGUAGUGGAAACAUUGCCUGAAUUCUGAACUUACAUUGAUUUCUAACAAAACAAAUGGCCAUUUCCCCUUAGUCUUACUGGGUAUUACACAGAGUGAAUUUAUGAAGGAAAAACAUUGCCAAAGGUAUCUAGCCCAGAGACUGACAAGAAAUCACAUUUUAAAUUUUUUUUCAGGAGUACAGGCACAUUGCAAUUUGGGAGUAGAAAGUGGAAUUUAAAAUUCAUAACUUCUAACACAAUACAGCAAAUUAGUAUUUUUGUAAUUGAAUGUAAGCACCCAAGAGAAAGAAUUUUGUGUUUUAUUUACCAUUAGAAGCUAGAAAAAUGCCUGCAUAGAGAAAUAUUGGUUAAAUGAAUAAAUGAAUUUGUCUUGAGCAGAGUUUUGUGUACUGAACUUGUACCUUUAAGGAAAAUGCAUAUAGAUAUAGAUAAAUAAGUAUUACUUUUGCUCUCACAAAUGUUGUUAGCUACCUGAAGAAUACUGCACAAUGGGGUGGAGGGGAGUUUAUGCCCCAAAAGGCUUUCUAUUUGUUUUAACUGUUGCAUGAUGCUUUGAGAUGAAAAACAACAAGAACAACAACAACAAAAAACCACGAAAAAACUAUAAACUGAAGUUGUAAGGCAGGACGCUUGGUGGCGCUGCAGGCUAAGAAAGUGAAAAACUCUGCAGUCUCGGUAACAGCUGAGCAGUUUUGGCUACUUGAAAAGGAAACGUUUUUCACUAUUGAGGGAUAGUAGGUUUCAGAGAGGCCGCUAUCCCCAUGUCAGUCAAUGUUAGGAACUAACUCAAGAUCAUUGAAUCAAGAUAGCAGAGUUGGCUGCGCAGCAAUUAAUUUGUGAUUAAAUAUUGCAUCUUUUGGACCCCGAGGAACGAUGGAGACACCGGUACCCAAAGCGCCGCAGAAAAGGCAAGUGACCGCCAUUAUUAUCCUAAUACUGUUAAUACUGUGGGAAGUGGGUAGUACGACCAUUAAGUAUUCGGUUCUAGAAGAGAGGGAAAGCGGCUCCUUUGUCGCCAACCUCGCAAAAGAUCUGGGGCUUGGCUUGGGGGAGCUGGCUGCUCGGGGUGCUCGAAUUCUUUCAAAAGGGAAUCAACAGUAUUUGCAGCUCGAGCAGAGGAGUGGGAAUUUGCUCCUAAAAGAAAAAUUGGAUCGGGAAGAGUUGUGCGGUGACACAGAUCCAUGUAUACUGCAUUUCCAGUUGUUACUAAAAAGCCCAGUGCAGUUUAUUCAAGGUGAACUACAGCUACGAGACAUAAAUGACCAUGCCCCAGAAUUCCUGGAAAAUGAAAUCCUCCUGAAAAUCUCAGAAAGCAGCCAUCCAGGGACUGCAUUUCCUUUGAAAAUAGCUCAAGAUUUAGACGUGGGCAGUAACACAGUUCAGAACUACACUAUUAGCACCAACUCCCAUUUCCACCUUUUCACUCGAAAUCACAGCGAUGGCAGGAGAUACCCCGAGCUGGUGCUGGAAAAAGUGCUGGAUCGGGAGGAGCAGUCAGAGCUCAGGUUAACGCUCACGGCCCUGGAUGGUGGGUCACCGCCUAGAACUGGAACGUCUCAGGUUGUCAUUGUAGUCUUGGACAUAAAUGAUAAUGCUCCUGAAUUUGCACAGCUGCUCUAUAAGGUGCAAAUCCCAGAGAACAGCCCCAUAGGCUCCCAUGUCAUCACCGUGACUGCUAGAGAUUUAGACGCUGGGACCCACGGAGAGCUCUCCUACUCAUUUUUCCAAUCCUCAAAUCAAGUGAUUCAGGCCUUUGAAAUAAACACAGUCACAGGGGAAAUUCGAUUAAAAAAACUGUUGGAUUUUGAGGAAAUUCAAUCUUAUCAUAUGGAAAUUGAGGCCUCAGAUGGUGGGGGACUAUCAGGAAAAUGCACUAUAGUCAUAGAAGUGAUGGAUGUAAACGACAACACACCCGAACUGACUAUGUCCGUGUUCACUAGUGAUGUCCCAGAAAAUACCCCCGACACGGUUGUCGCUAUUUUUGGAAUUUCAGAUCCAGACUCUGGGGAAAAUGGCAAAAUGAUGUGUUCCAUCCAAGACCAUCUUCCCUUCCUUCUGAAACUUAGUGUAGAAAAUUUCUACACCUUAGUAACUGAAGGAGCGCUAGAUAGAGAGACCCAGGCCGAGUACAACAUCACCAUCACCGUCACCGACCUGGGGACCCCCAGGCUGAAA